GUUGGAGAAAAGGAAUACUUUUGCAGUGUCUCUGACACACACAACAGAAAGAAAGUAAGAUCCAGUAUUCAGUGUGCGCGUCCGACGAAGCCGAUUGGUCUGCUUAGCAAUGGUGGUUGCUCCCUCCAUUCGGCUUUUCCCACCUUCCUUCGCCUCCAUUCCCUUUCCUCAUCGCUUUCCCUUUUCUUCCCGUUGGCGCUCUCCUUCUUCCGUCUCUCUUCUCCUUCCCAUUCACUCUCGCCUCCAAUCCACUUCUGCAAAUGGAGAUAUUGGGGUUGAAUUACCUGGUGAUCAGGCAGAGAUUAUAUUCAUGGGGACUGGAACCAGUGAAGGGAUACCUAGAGUUAGCUGCUUGACUAAUCCUCUGAAAAAAUGUCCGGUAUGUUCAAAGGCUGCUCAGCCGGGCAAUAAGAAUAGGAGACUUAACACGAGCAUCCUCGUUCGUCACCCGGGCUCCUCAGGAACUCACAACAUUCUUAUAGAUGCUGGAAAAUUUUUCUAUCACAGUGCUCUGCAAUGGUUUCCUGCAUUUGGGAUAAGAACACUUGAUGCAGUAAUUAUCACUCAUUCACAUGCAGAUGCAAUUGGAGGUCUUGAUGAUCUUAGAGAUUGGACAAACAAUGUUCAGCCACACAUUCCAAUAUAUGUGGCCAAGCGUGAUUUUGAGGUGAUGAAGAGUACCCAUUAUUAUUUAGUAGAUACUAGUGUCAUCACGACUGGUGCUGCUGUCUCAGACUUGCAAUUCAAUAUUAUAUCUGAAGAACCAUUUUCUGUACAUGGACUGAAGAUUACUCCAUUACCAGUGUGGCAUGGCAAAGGUUACCGGUCCCUUGGAUUUCGUUUCGGUAAUAUUUGUUACAUAAGUGAUGUCAGUGAUAUUCCUGAAGAAACUUAUCCGCUUUUGAAGGAUUGUGAAAUUCUAAUAUUGGACGCUCUACGGCCUGAUCGCUCCUCUGCCACACAUUUUGGACUUCCAAGGGCGCUAGAUGAAGUCCGAAAAGUUCAACCCAAAAGGACACUCUUUACAGGUAUGAUGCAUCUGAUGGAUCAUGAAGAAGUGAAUGACUAUCUUACAAAAUUAUUGGAAUCUGAGGGCCUUGAUGUACAAUUGAGCUAUGAUGGGCUUCGUAUUCCAAUCACACUUUAGCUUGCAACCAUAUUCUCAUUCAUAAGACGAUUAAUCUUUUCUGUUUUCUUUUUCCUUCAUAGAAAAAGAUCAAUGUUGACAUGAAGAUCAUUACAAUUUUUUUGACAAUAUGAAUAAAUCAACCCUGCAGGCCCUUGCAGCUAUUUAACUUU